CCUCCUCCUUCCCUUCCACACCGCACUCCCUCACCUUCCACCUUCCCCUCCUCUGCCCCCACCUCCUGCUUCCUUCCACUCCUCGCUCCUCCGUUGCUUCAUCCCUCCCUCCACAGUCCGCUCCACCCAUCGGCCCUGCAGCUCUCGGUAUUUGACCGAUUGGUGGAGGUAGCUGCUGGCCUGCUACUUCUUGCUCAGUUGCUCCUGCCGGUGCGUUCAGACCAGUGGCUCUGAUUACGAGCCGUGAGGAGGGCCAAGGAGCAAGCUUGACAGGGAGGUGGCGAUGGAGAGGUACGAGGUGAUCAAGGACAUAGGAUCGGGCAACUUCGGGGUGGCCAAGCUGGUCCGGGACGUCAGGACCAAGGAGCUCUUCGCCGUCAAGUUCAUCGAGAGGGGGAUGAAGAUUGAUGAGAAUGUCCAAAGGGAGAUCAUGAACCAUAGAUCACUGAGGCAUCCAAAUAUAGUUAAAUUCAAGGAGGUUGUGCUAACUCCCACACAUUUGGCCAUAGUUAUGGAAUACGCUGCUGGUGGCGAGCUAUUCGAAAGGAUCUGCAAUGCAGGGAGAUUUAGUGAGGAUGAGGCAAGGUUCUUCUUCCAACAAUUGAUUUCAGGAGUUAGCUAUUGUCACUCAAUGCAAAUAUGUCACAGAGAUUUGAAACUAGAAAAUACUCUGCUGGAUGGUAGUAUAGCACCUCGGCUAAAGAUAUGUGAUUUUGGUUAUUCCAAGUCCUCUGUGUUGCACUCUCAGCCCAAAUCAACUGUUGGCACACCUGCUUACAUUGCUCCCGAGGUGCUUGCUAGAAAGGAAUAUGAUGGAAAGGUUGCCGAUGUUUGGUCAUGUGGAGUAACUUUGUAUGUGAUGCUUGUCGGGGCUUAUCCCUUCGAGGACCCUGAUGAACCAAAGAAUUUCCGCAAGACUCUUACUCGGAUUCUCAGCGUACAAUACGCCAUACCUGAUUUUGUCCGAGUUUCAAUGGAGUGCAGGCAUCUUCUGUCCCGGAUUUUUGUUGGAAGCCCUGAGCAACGAAUAACCAUCCCGGAUAUCAAGAACCACCCGUGGUUCCUGAAGAACCUGCCAAUCGAGAUGACCGACGAGUACCAGAUGAGCGUGCUAAUGACCGACAUGAACGUCCCCUCGCAAAGCCUGGAGGAGAUCAUGGCCAUCAUACAGGAGGCCCGCAAACCUGGCGACGGUAUGAAGCUCACCGGGCAGAUCCCCGGCCUGGGGAGCAUGGAGCUGGAUGACAUUGACGUUGACGACAUCGACGUAGAGGACAGCGGCGACUUCGUCUGCGCCUUGUGACGAGCAAAGUGGUUGGUUCAGGCCGUCCGACGCUGAAGCUGCCGUGAACUCUCUCUCUCUUCUCGUCUUUUGUGUUCUGCUGUUGAUCCAAGUUGUUUGUCUCAGCGUGUUCCGAGCUCCCAUUUUGUUGUUGUGAUUUCACUUGUUUUCUGUAAUGGAGGUAGUGACGCUGUGGAUAAAUAAUAGACUUUUUAAGGCUGUAUUCUUGCUGGAUUCUUAGUGUUCGGAUCCGCUGCCCUGUAUGAAGGGUCAGUCUCAUGCUUCAUGAAUGUCGCAGUGUCUAUAUUCA